CGCUUCACCAUCAUCUCUCUCCCUCCCGCACGCCGUCUCUUGCCUCGCGCCGGCGCUUCACCAGCAACGCGCGUGCUCCUCCCCUCCCGUCUCGCCAAGAGAAGCACUGAUGGAGACGCCGCUGUCCAACAGGAGGAUCACCCGCUCGCUCGCCGCUGCCGCCGCCGCAUCAGCCCAGAAGAGCGCCGCCGCCGGGACGGACUCCGCAGCCCUGUUCUCCCGGGCCAAGAACGCCACCGCGGGGGAGCCGCAGACGCGCGCCGCGCUACACGACAUCACCAACGACUCCCCCAUCGUCGGCCUCGCCGCGGGCGGCCUCCACGGCGCCGACAAGACCCCCGCCUCCACCGCCGCCAAGACCCGCCGCAGGGCCCCGCGCCGCACGCCUGGCUCCGGGGAGGCGCUCCUGCGCGGCCAGGUCAAGGCGCUCCUGCACAAGGUCGAGGAGGAGCAGGGAUGCGCCCCCGCGGCUCUCGUCAGGCCAGCGCGCAUCCAGGCGCUGCUCGGGGUCUCCAGGUCGCCGGCUCAGCUCCUCGCGCCCACGCCGGCCAACACGCCGCAGAUCGGGCCCGUCUCCGCGGCCAGGGAAGGCCUCCUGGUGCCUGAUGGUGUCCCCGUGGUGCCCUGCGUCCUCGAGGAGGAACUACUGCUUCCUAAGCUGCAGGUCAUUGCUGCUUCCCUGCCGCUACCUCAGCCAGAGGAGAACCUCGGCGAUUGCCAGCUGAACCGUGCGCUGGUGUUCGACGACUCCCCUGAGAAGUCCGACGUGUCCAAUGGGUCGACCGUCUCGUUCCAGGAGGGCAGCACCGGCAGCUGCACGGACAAGUCGUCAUCACCUGAGGACGACAGCUCCUCGGCCUGGUCAGUUCAGGUCCAUGCCAGCUCUGAGAAGGGCGACGAAGAAGAGCUCGGCGUGGAGGACCUGGGAGAGUACACUGAAGAAGGGGAGGAGUGGGAAGAAGAUAGCGACGACGACUGCUUCGAUGACCUGUGCGAGGAGAUGAGCAGGAUGACCGUGGUCGACGAAGAGGAGAGGAAGGCAGGGCUGCCGCAGUUCGAGGGGAAGCACACCCGGUUCAUCUACAACAGCGACGACGAGAUCGAGCGGGAGGAGGUGGCGGACGCAGCUGAGGCGAGGGCGGAGCUCGGCGCUCUGAUGCUCAGGGGCCUGCCGGUGCCUGAGGGCAGGCACUUGCGCUUCCUGGAGGACGAAGAGGAUGAUGAAUGAAGAGUGUCAGUCGUGUUCGGAUUCGGGCAUCUGCAGUGGUUGUCAUUCCCUGACACCAGCAGCCCACAUUCUUUUGGGGUCUCUGUUUCUACAUUCUGAUUCUGUAUUUUCAUUCGUGUCUCAGUUCUUCAGAGCACAUAUUGUAUUGCCAAUUCAUCUGGAAUGCAACAUAUCCCCAGUUACUGAAUAAAUCUGCUCUGUGGCAUUUGGUGCA